AUGAGAAGAUGUUUAAUAGUGUCAUUUUAUUUAGGUGAUUCGCACUUUCGACAUAUUUGUACACAACAAAUAACCGAUCUGAGUCUUAUCAUUAAUGAAAACAAUGUUGAAAUAACAGAUGAAGACUAUACUAACAGUGUCUAUGAAAUUAUCUUUGCUUUCUUUGAAAAUCUAAGGCAUUUGACUAUUGUCCUACCAUCUAGCAACAAUUAUCCACUUUUAUCGUUAUAUAAAUCACCAUCAAAGACUUGUUUUUCUUUGACACUUACUAAAUUAUGUAUCAAUGCACAUAAUUUUAAUGAUGUUCUUGCUUUACUUGAUGGUCGUCUCAAACAAUUAACUACAUUCGUCGUUCAAGUUGAUCAUAUCAACAAUAGGAUAUCAACAGUUUACAAAAUGAAUGAUCUACCUGCUUUAAAAUAUUUUUCAUUAACUUGUUAUGAAGAAACAGGAGGAUAUAAUAUUUCAGUUCUACCUCUUCUUCAUCGAAUAUCACAUCUCGAAGAAUUAACUUUAUAUAUUCACAUCACGGAUGGGUCCACAUUUAUUACUGGUACUCAUCUUGAUAAUGAAAUUCUUAUUCAUAUGCCACAACUUCAUACAUUUACAUUUUAUAUCGCUUGUGAAACUGUCAUAAAUGAUCCAGUUAUUCGUAUAUCUAGUGAUGAUAUUCAAUGA